UCGAUGUUUUUUUUCUUCUCUGGUUGUGAAUUUGACGUAGCAAUAAAAAAUUGUGUUUUUUUAAGUUUUUCAUCAACGUAUGACAUAAUCUUCAAAAACUGCUACAGCAUGGCAUCGCUAACAGCGAAAACAAAAUCAAAACAUGGACUAAUCCUGAGCAGUUCCUCUAACAGUAGCGCUGGCACUCAGUACCAGCAGCUGUUAGAGUUGGAAAAGCAGGCAUUGGUCCACAAUAGCGAAUCAUGCCUUUGCCACCUUUGCAGUAAGAUGACAUCUGCCGGAAUGGGAGUGGUGCUGGUAAAUUGUUUACAUACCUUCUGUACCGUAUGUCUCAAGGCGUUUCUCCUUGAAGCCAAUACGGCUCGUUGUCCUUUUCCCAAUGGUCGGUAUGAGUGUGAAGGAAAUCUGGAAGAGCGGGAACUCGAUGCAUUGUUGAGUCAGCAAGAGUACCGCGAUUUGAUGGAACGUCAAUUCGCAACGAUCAAGGACGACUCGUUGAAGAAGCAAGUGUUGAACACUGCUUCAGCAGCAGGACCAAAAGAACUGGAUUUGCUGAUGACACUGACUGAUGCUAGUGUUGUUCCAAAUCCGGAACCGUUUGAAUGUCCGAUUUGUUUCGUACCGUACGAGGCUUACGAGGGGGUGAUUCUACGUGACUGUUUCCAUACCUUUUGCCGUGAAUGCCUCAGCAGUUCUAUUAAACACGCCGAGGACGUAGUCGUACAAUGCCCAUACAAGGAUAAUAAUAAUUCCUGUGAAACCAUAAUUCAAGACCGAGAGAUCAAGUGUCUGCUAACCGUCGAAGAUUACAACGCGCAUUUGGGACGAUCGCUGAAGAAAGCCGAGAGUUUGGCGGAGAAUGCCUUCCACUGCAAGACACCGGAUUGCACCGGAUGGUGUAUGGUUGAGGACAAUGUCAGUUUGUUCUCUUGUCCCGUUUGCUAUGCGCAGAAUUGUUUGAGAUGCAAGGCCUUACAUGCCGAUAUGAGCUGCGAGGAUUACCAGGAUAGGCUGAGCGGUAAUUACGAAACUCGUCGCUCGGAACGGGCAAUGGAAAACAUGUUAGCUUCUGGUGAGGCAAUGCGUUGUCCGAAGUGCAACGUGCUCCUCGCGAAGAUCACCGGAUGUGACUUCAUAAUCUGCAGUAUGUGCAAGACCGCCGUGUGCUGGGUUACACGGGGCCCUCGUUGGGGCCCACUCGGUCAGGGCGAUAACAGUGGGGGUUGUCGCUGUAAUGUCAAUGGGAAAAAAUGCCACCCAAACUGCCGCAACUGUCAUUGAUGGUACUUUUUAGCCGCGCACAGCCAUAUGUGAGUAACAUAUGCUAACGUCUCUACAUGCUAAAUAAUAAUUUGAAUUGUUGCAGAUAACUUGUUCUCAUUUGGAUUUCUUAAUAUUAUUGCUAA